CAACAGGACGGGAAAUAUUAUUCCGUUCAGGUGAAAGGUCAACAGGAAAGCUUUGCUCGAGGAAAGAGACGGUGUGUGACGUCACUUCCUGGCCUUUUCUUUUGCAAGUUUGGCGGGCGCACGUGUUGCCCCCGAAUAAUUUUUGCAGUCGUCGUAGCUGCCCCUUGCCUGGCCGGGUUGCUAUGAGUUUGCCUCUCAAUCCAAAGCCAUUUCUAAACGGGCUAACUGGGAAGCCAGUAAUGGUGAAAUUGAAGUGGGGAAUGGAAUACAAGGGCUAUCUUGUAUCAGUUGAUGGCUACAUGAAUAUGCAGCUUGCCAAUACAGAGGAAUAUAUUGAUGGUGCAUUGUCGGGACAUCUUGGCGAAGUUCUGAUAAGGUGCAACAAUGUCCUAUACAUAAGGGGUGUAGAAGAAGAAGAAGAAGAUGGAGAAAUGAGAGAAUAAUGUUGGAAAAUCUUGUGUUUUUUAAUGUGUAAAAUACAUGUUCAGUUGUAGCUUUUGAAAAAAUUACAUGUUUUGUAACUUUACAUUUUGGGGGUAUAAAAAUACAUAUUGUUGAAAGAAACAGUCAAUAUGAAAGAUAAACAAGUAUAAAAACUGGGAUUAUUUAGCCUUAAUACAAAUGUUUUAAAGCAAAUGGGAUCAGACUUAUUCCAUCACCAUUUACUUUAUAUGAUUCAGUUGGACUAAGCUAGGAGCAAGAUCUAUAACUAGUACAAAAAUACACCUUACACAAGAAUAUCAAGUGAAGUAGUAAUCAUCUUCACUUUUUGUAGUUGCAUCUGUAGCUUGUUUUGCUUCGUGCUUAGUCGUUGGAGGCUGUGACCGGUACACUAAUUUUCUUCCCAUCUAAAACAAAGCCAAAAAAUAUAAAACCUUCAUAUGCAUUGGAUUUUUAAAAGCAGUCUUAGUUUUCCUGUUAACGUUUCCAUACAUAGUCUUUCAGUUAUAUUUUAUAGAAAUGUAGAAACACUUGAAAUGGAUUCCUGUAGGUGGAUCUACUUAAAACAAAACUGUCAGACAAAACACACUCAUUUCAAAGUUGUUUAGUUCUGCAAAAAAAAAAAAAAAAAAGGUGCAGCCUUUUUAUCCUGGGAACCAAGUAAUAUCACAUCACUGGACACCUUCCACCACUCUAUUUGAAUUCUGAAAACAUUACUGAAAACAGUAGUUUAAGAUAGUCAUGGAUAUGUAUCUUAAGGCUAGAUGCUAAAUAUCCUACUUUGAUUGAAAUUAUGUUGUGCUGGUAUUGGUCCAGAAGCUAGGUAUCUGCACCUUUUUGUUAUGGACUUUAUAAUGAAGAAACUGGAUAAAAAGUUAUUUAGACAGUCAUGGUCUGUAUUAUUAUUUAUUUUAUAAUAUCCUAAUCCUUCAGAAAAGAAACCAGAAUUAAGACUUAUAAGAUAAAAAUAAUUUAAGCUCUGAUUUAAAUGUGAUUUUAAUGGAUUUUUUAAAAGUAGACAAAGUAGUUAAAUCUCGUUGAACUCAAAAUGCCACCCAAAGAUUAGAAGCUGUGAUAAUUUCUUUAUGGGCAGAGAAAGAAAUGCAAAAAAGUAUUUUCCCAAGUGGCUUUAUUCUAGUAACCUCUAAAGGGUUUUUAAAAUAAUGAUUAGCCUUUGUAGUUUUCCUGGAUCAAAUGGAUCCUCGGUGCAGUUUCUUCCUGAUGCUAAUUUGACUGCUGAAUUAUGUGCUAGUUUUAAGUUUCUGAACUAGUUAAAAGGGUAUGAAAAUUAACUUGUGCAAAUACAGUUGCAAGGUCACUUUUUUUCAGAAAGCCAGAUAACGUAUCCUCACAUAUACUCAUUUUUUAGUGUAGAUAAAUGCAUUGUGCAUCAGUUGGUAUGUUACUUGCCUGUACUAUGCAUAUAAUGAAGACAAACUAUUCUGUUGGAUUUCUCCAGUCUCAAUCUAAUCUGGAUUGGUGAGCUUCAGUUCCCCAAUUUCUCCAACUAGCAUUGACAAUUGAGGAUUUUAAAGACCACAUGGCUGAAGGGAGCCAAAUUGAGAAAAAUGGAUGAAACUUUUGUCUCAUGUAUGUAUAUGUGCAUGACGGGGAGUAGUCUUCCUUUUGGAAAAAUGUAUUCACACCCCCUGAUUUUAUAAACUACCUUUCGUUUGGCUUAGA